AUGCUGCAAAAAUUGUGGUUGGAAAGGCUUUCAUGGGAUGAAUCUUUGCCAUCCGAGUUACAUUGCCGUUGGCGACAAUACAGUGAACAGCUGAGCGUGCUUAAUAAUCUGCAAAUUCCUCGUUCGGCAUUCUUGAGCAAGCGCAUCUCGGCUCAAAUACACGGGUUCUCCGACGCUUCAAAGGACGCUUACGGAGCGUGUGUGUACAUAAGAUCAAUUGGUUCAGAAGGAAACGUUCAAGUUAGCUUGCUCUGCGCCAAAACAAGAGUGGCCCCGUUAAAAACGCAGACCAUACCUCGUCUUGAGUUAUGCGCGGCAUAUCUAUUGUCGAAAUUAGUCAAUGCAGUGGUCUCGGCUCUUGGCAUGAGCUUAGAAGUAACCACGCUUUGGUGUGACUCCACAAUAGUAUUAGGUUGGUUACGUACGCAACCAAAUCUUCUCCCGAUUUUUGAAUCCAACAGAGUAGCGCGCAUCCAGGAAUUAACCGAAAUAGGGGCAUGGAGGCACGUGCCCACAGAAAGCAAUCCUGCCGAUUGGGCAUCGCGCGGAGCGAAUCCAAGCGAACUACAAAGGGCUAGCCUCUGGUGGAACGGACCUGAAUUCUUGCUCAGUUCCCGCGAGAAAUGGCCCAAAAUGCCAAACGUAGACUACGCAAUGCCAACGAAGAGUUCCACACUUCUUGUAGAAAUGUCGGGUGGUACGAUUAUAGACGAAUUGUUCACGCGCCAUUCGAAAUUGCCUAAAAUCGUAAGAAUUCUCGCUUACUGUCGUAAAUUCAUACACUACUUAAAAACGAAGGAAAAGCAAGACGGAGGCAUAAGUGCCAAGGAAUACGAACAAUCUCUAAUGGAAUUAGUUAGAAUGUCACAGCGUAAUACCUUUCGAAAGGAAAUAGAUUCACUUAAGGCUGGCGUCCCAAUUGUAAAGGGAAGAUUAGCUUCCUUAACACCGUUCAUAGACGAAAAAGAGUUGUUACGGGUAGGAGGCAGAUUGAGAAAUUCAUCAUUCGGAAGAGAUAAAAGACAUCCAAUGAUCUUAGAUUCAACUCAAACAUUUACCAAACGUCUUUUCGAGCACAUGCAUAAGCGAUUGUUGCAUGCGGGCCCCUCUCUAUUGCUGGCGUCAAUACGGGAGCAAUUCUGGCCACUAAGAGGACGGAAUUUAGCGAGAAAGGCACUGCACUUGGAGCUUGUAUCUGACUUGACCAAGAAAGCAUUUAUUGCAACGUUGAGACGUUUCGCAUCACGUCGAGGAAAACCAUCACAAAUAUACUCCGAUAACGGAACAAGCUUUGUUGGAGGUCACAACGAGCUAAUAGAGUUAGGCAAGUUCUUUGCGAAAGAAUGUAAGGAGUUGGGAGAGUCGAUAGAAGACUUAGGAAUCUCGUGGCACUUUAUUCCUUCCUAUUCGCCUCAUUUCGGUGGCUUGUGGGAGGCAGGGGUAAAGGCUACCAAAUAUCACUUAAAACGGGUGGCUGGAAACGCGUUGUUGACAUACGAAGAGUUUUGCACAUUUUUAGCUCAAAUAGAGGCGUUAUUGAAUUCCCGGCCAUUGACUCCCCUAUCCUCAGAUCCACAUGACCUCUCUCCUCUUACGCCGGCUCAUUUCCUCAUCGGUCGGACCUUUAGCUCAAUAGCCGAUCCGGACUUGAGUCACUUGAAGCAACCAAGGCUGUCCAGUUGGCAAAGAAUCCAGCAACUGCAGCAAAACUUAUGGGAGCGCUGGAACAAGGAAUACAUCUCCGAGUUGCAGCAGAAAACCAAGUGGAGAGUGCCUUUUCCACCGUUGGCAAUCAACACCUUGGUGCUACUAAAGGAGGACCAUUUACCUCCUGCUAAGUGGAGACUUGGGCGAGUGAUGGAGGUCCACCCCGGAUCAGACGGCGUUCCUAGAGUUGCAUCCGUUAGGACGUCCACUGGAAUCGUCCGCAGAGUGUUCAGCAAACUCUGCCCCUUAUUGCGAGAUGAGAUAGACGCUCACAUAUAG